AUGUUUCUUUUGGAAAAAGGACGGCUCAAGUCCGACCAGGAGAAGAAAGUAUUCCAUCGUCCAGACAAAUUCAGCGAGAACAGAGUUUGCCAUGGGUUCCUGCUGCUCUUUGCGUUGAGAGUGUGGCAGUGCUGGAAGCUUCGCCCUCGUGACCAGCUUCGGUGUCCUUUCUUGUGCGCUCUGCCUCUUCACGCGCAGGUUUGUCACAUGGUGGGCCACAGAGCACCCCAAGAAAGUCCCCAAAUCCAAGCCGCUCAGACAGUGAUUUCUUCACGCCCCGUCUUGGAGCGGCGGCUUUUCCUGGGGAUGCUCAGGCGGAGGGCUUCGUAA